ACGAGGACAGGGACUGCCGGAUACCCUGAUGACCUAUGGUCACAAUGAGAUUGUACACACAGUGGUAGUUGACAUCUAGGCGUGCGUGCAACUACUGUUGGGAAACUCAUAAACCAACGCAAUGCUGAACGUGGAAGUAUGGAUUUCGAGCAUUCUAUUGCUAAAUGCAGGUACCCUUUGUGAUGAGGUAGUGGACAUGUGCAACCCCAGCCCUUGUGAGAACGGGUCUCAGUGUCAGAGCCUUGUGGGGGGCUAUGUGUGCCACUGCUCCCAGCAAAGCCUUGAUGAGUUCCUGUAUGGGGGCCGGAACUGCAGCGAAGCGUUGGUGGGCUGUGAGGGCCAUGAGUGUCAGAACCAGGGCUCGUGCUCUCCGUUCCUAAGCGACGGCCAUCAUGGCUACUCCUGCCACUGUCCCGCGGGCCUCACCGGGCUUCUCUGCCAGACCCCCACAGCCUUCUCCUUCGAGCAGAGCGGCUACCUGUUAUUGCGGAGCCCCAUGAUGUCCACAGAGGCCUCCUGCAACAUCACCCUGAGUUUCCGGACAGUGCUUCCCAGGGCCGUCCUCUUCCAGUGGGGCAGUGGAAGGCUGAUCCUGGGUCUGGAGCUGUUGGGGUGCCAUCUGAGUCUCAGCCUGAGGAGGGAGGCCUCGGCUGGGGGUAGGGCAGAGGCCCUGCAACUUAGCCAGACACUGGAGCUCCCCCUUAACGUGACUGAUGGGAGGUGGCACUCUGUGGAGGCCGUGCUGGGGGACGGCCUACUCAGCCUCAGGCUCCUGGAUGGCGUGGUCUGUCAGGAACAGGACUGUGAGAGGGAAGCCCAGGUCGCAGACACUCUGACUGGGACAGACUCUUCAGAGUCUCCCCUCCAGAACACCUUCAUCGGUGGGGUGGUGGAGGAAGGUGUGGUUCUGGUCACGGUCCCGGCCUUCAUCGGCUGUCUGCAGGACAUAUUUGUGAACUCCCAGCUGGUGGUUCCGGAGGAGUGGCUGAGCGACUCGGCAGUGAACAUGACUAUAGGCUGCAGCCACAGAGACAGAUGCCAAGACAGCCCCUGUCAGAACAGAGGACAAUGCACCAACCUGUGGCAGAGCUACCAGUGCCGGUGCCCCCGGCCAUAUAAAGGCCAGGACUGCGCUGAGGAGUAUGAGACGGCCCGCUUCGGCAAUGAGGACUCUCAGAGCUACGCCGUUUUCACCAUCACAGAUGAUACAGGAAGUGACAUCACUGUCUCCCUCUUUCUGCGCACACUCCGCCACGCUGGCCUCUUGUUGGUGCUCGCCAAUAGCACCAGCCAAUACCUGCGCCUGUGGCUGGAUAAGGGGCGGGUCAGCGUUCAGCUCCAUAACUUUGAGACCUUGACCAGUGAGAGUUUGGUUAACGAUGGGGACAUCCACUUUGUGAGCGUGGUUGUGGACCGUGAGCAUUUGGUCCUAUACGUGGCCAACCAGAAGCAGGGCUCGGUGGAGGUCAGGACGGUGGACAGUCAGAUGGGGGAUGUGGUGUAUGUGGGGGGUCUGGCAGAGCAGAAGGCGUCAUCAGCAUUCGGGGGCUACUUUAAAGGCUGUAUCCAGGACCUGAGGAUCAACAGUGAGAGACUGCAGUUCUUCAGGCUGGACACCACAGUGACAUCAUAUCCUCUGGUGCUCAUGGCUAAUGUCACGGCGGGCUGCGCUGGGGUCGACUCCUGUAGUAGGAACCCUUGUCAGAAUGGGGGGAUGUGCUACUCCAUGUGGGAUGACUUCACCUGCACCUGCCCCCACAACACUGCAGGGCGGCGCUGUGAGAAAGUCAAGUGGUGUGAGCUUGCCCCCUGUCCCGCAAAGGCGGAGUGCCGCACCCUCAACCAGGGAUACGACUGCUUCUCCAGCGCUACCUUCCUUGCCGACAGCAGUGUACUGUCUUACCGCGGUAACGGCCGUAUCCAACGUGGCCUGGCCAGCAUCACCGCCAGCCUGCGCACCCGUAAACGCCACGUCGCCAUCCUGCAUGCCGAGCGCGGGCCGGAGUUUGUGACGGUGUCUGUGCAGCAUGGCCUUCUCUUCUUGGAGCUACAGAGCGGGGAGGGCUCGUCCACGGUUUCCCUGAAAAGCCGCGUGGGGGUCAGCGACGGGGAUUGGCACAGCGUCCACCUCUUCAUGGUCACCCCAUGGGCAGAGGUGUCCCGCUGGACCCUAGUGCUGGAUGAGGAAGUGGAUGAAGCUGGGAGCUCCAGCAGCGAAGGGGGAAACCUGGACUUCCUCAGGGAGGGGGUGGACAUCCAGCUGGGGGGGCUUGGGCCCAAGGCUGGCUGGAGCCUAGAGGGGUGCCUGGGUACUGUGGAGGUGGGGGGCAUCGCCCUGCCUUACUACAGCCCCUUAGAGGUCAACCUGCCCCGGAUUCAGGAGGAGCAGUUCCUUCGGACAUCCCCCAACCCACCCCGUAGCGGGUGCAGUGGAGGCCCAGUGUGCCAGCCCAGCCCUUGCAUGAAUGGAGGUAGCUGUCAGGACCUCUGGAACCUGUUCAACUGUAGCUGUGAGGAGGGCUGGACCGGACGCCGCUGUGAGCGUAACACAGACACCUGCGCCUCCAAUCCCUGUAUCCAUGGCAACUGCAGCAUUCAGGGGCUGGCAUAUGAGUGUGCCUGUGAGUUUGGCUACACCGGGGUGGACUGUGAGGAGGAGGUGGAUGUGUGUGAGAACCAUCUAUGCGCUCAUGGAGGCACGUGUCUACAUGGAGUGGACAAGUACGCCUGUCUGUGUGCAGAGAACUACACCGGACCUUACUGCAAUAGGCCCAAGCUGCCCGUGUCUGUCUGUGGAGAUGCGGCCAGAAACUACAUCUGCUUCAAUGCAGGGAACUGCACUGAGAGAGACCUGUCUUGCGACUGUCUACCCGGCUUCACAGGACACCGCUGUGAGCAGGAGGUGGAUGAGUGCAAGUCCAACCCCUGCCUGAACGGGGGCUACUGCCGAAACCUCAUUAACAACUACCACUGUGUGUGUGACAUGAGUUUCGCCGGGGACAAUUGCCAGGUCGACGUAAGCGACAUUUACUUUUACAUGGCUGUUCUGUUCUGGCAGAACCUCUUCCAGCUGAUCUCUUUCCUCAUCCUGAACCUUGAUGACGCUCCUGUGAUCGACUGGGGAGGGCAAGUCGACUGAGAGAGAGAGAGUGUGUGUGCUCGUGCGUGUGUGUGUGCAUGUGUUUGUGCAUGUGCGUUCGAAUGGUGUAUAAACUUGAGAUUUAUGAUGAUGCGUGUUUCAGGUGUUAAAUGCCUGUUCAAUGAAAAACAGCUAUGUUCUAAAUAGGUGAGUGCUGUUAUAUCUGUGUCUGUGUAUUACAUUACCACUGGGGUUAGCAAAGGGGAUUCUUUAAACUCGGUGUUUAGGGAUUAAAUCCAGCUGUGACAGCUGACCACUGAGAACUUAAGAAACAAUAGGAGUUGUUCCUGAACUGGGCCAAUGAGAAAUUGGAGCCCUGGACAAGACUUAAUGUCUCUGAGUGUAAAAGUACAACUUAGCAAUAGGUUUAAUUGUUUUUCUAUUGUUCAGGUGAGCCAAGUUCAAAUGUAUUAUCUUCCUUUUCUGACAAGAGCACAGAGCUGUUUUUUUUGUGCCUUAAAACAACAGGUUUUUUUUAUGGCAGCAGAUUUUUAUAAAAAAGUGGUGUGAGUUUGGAAUAUCCUCUCUGUUGAAUAUGACAAUAUGAAUAUCCUUUGGGCGAUGUUGCUAAACUAACACAGAUCACGUAGCAUUGUAUUGUACAUUAGACUAAGCUAUACAGAAACUAUAAUAAUGGGUAUUUUCCAUGGACCAAACGGAAAACAAGACACAGGUUUUUGCAAUUACACAGAAUCGUCAGUGUAGAACCACCAUUGUUUUAUUAUUGAAAAACAAAUUCACUUUUGGAAAAUAAAAAUACAUACAGUAUUUUCUUGGAUGAAUCUUGUCUCUGAAAGCAAAAUGUCUCACAAUAUAUGGUCAGGCUCAUGUCCAUUUGAUGUUGUGUGUUCCUUGAGGAUAAUGGUACUGUACAUACAAAUACUGUAAGUGGUGUAGCUAGAUGGAUUCCCCUAGGCCCUUGAAGGCAGCGAAUCACACUUACCGUUUAUCAAUUUUAAACUAAUCAAAAUUCUGUCACACGUUCUCUGUUGUUGUCUAUACCUACAAAUCAGUCUGUCUCUAUGUCCAUCUCUCUAUCUGUAUGUCUCUAUAUAUAUCCGUCCGUCCGUCCGUCUUUCUACAAAAGUAUGUGGACACCACUUCAUAUUAGUGGAUUCGGUUAUU